AGAUAUCGUUAAAAUAUACUCCUAUUUUCACAGCAAUGCCCCUUCACAGCUCUUGAAUUACAAAAUCCUGUCCUCGCCUUCUUCCACCAGACACGAUCGCUACAAGAUGUUGGAGUAUGGCGACGCCGGCGACGACGGCGACGGCGACGAAGUUGAGAGUUGGUCUCUUAAUCUCGAGGUAAAUCCUCGGCUAAUAUCCAACUCGGAAUCCACCCUCAUAGACCGGCCGCCACCGUUUUCAGACCAAGUCCUUGAAAAUGUUCUGGAGAACGUUCUAUGCUUCCUGACCUCACGCCGCGACCGAAACGCCGCCUCCCUUGUCUGUAAAUCUUGGUUUAACGCCGAGGCGCAGUCGCGGCCGGAGCUCUUCAUUGGUAACUGCUAUGCGGUCAGCCCCGCACGAGCCAUAUUCCGCUUCCCCCGCAUUCGCUCUCUGAUACUCAAGGGUAAGCCGCGCUUCGCUGAUUUUAACCUGGUUCCUUCGGGCUGGGGCGCAAGCUUUUCCCCUUGGGUUGCUGCCAUGGCCUCAGCUUACCCGUGGCUCCAGCGAAUCUGCCUCAAGCGAAUGACUGUCACUGACGCUGAUCUUGCUCUCGUGGCUUGUUCCUUCCCCUCUUUCCGCGAUCUGUGUCUCAUUUGUUGCGACGGCUUCACCACCGCCGGCCUUGCUGCCAUCGCCGAGAACUGUAGGUGCCUGCAUUCUCUUGAUCUUAUCGAGAAUGACGUUGAGGACGACGAGGAUGAGGUAGUCGAUUGGAUAUCAAGGUUCCCACCAGGGAAAACUUGCCUUGAAUCCCUUGUAUUCGAUUGUGUUAGGUUCAUUGUAAACUUUGAAGCUCUGGAGGCUCUUGUGGCUCGGUCUCCUUCUCUCUGGCGGCUGAGAGUUAAUGAGCAUGUGUCCGUAGGCUUUCUCUGCCGGCUAAUGGCCUGGGCGCCACAGCUCACCGACCUUGGAACCGGCUCGUUCUCUUCCUUAGACGAAGAAGAUGAUUUUGACGACACUCUCGAAUUAGCCUUCAAAGCUUCAAAGUCUCUGGUAUGCCUUUCAGGUUUUCGAGACCUUGCUCCUGAGUACCUGUGCGCUAUUUACCCUGUCUGCACCAAUCUGAUCUCCCUCAACUUCAGCUACGCUCAGAUCACUGCUGAGCAGCUCAAGCCAGUUAUUACUAAUUGCCACAACCUCCAAAUUUUAUGGAUUCUUGAUUCUGUGCGCGACGAGGGCCUCCAAAUGGUUGCUGCGACCUGCAAGAAGCUCAGGGAGCUAAGGGUUUUUCCUUUAGAUGCCACAGAGGAUUCGGAGGUUUCCGUCUCCGAUGUUGGACUGACUGCAAUCUCCGAGGGCUGCCAAAAACUCCAAUCGAUCCUGUACUUCUGUCAGAGUAUGACCAAUGCAGCCGUUGUAGCCAUGUCCAAGAACUGCCAAGAUCUGGUAGUUUUUCGCCUCUGUAUCAUGGGUCGUCAUCGCCCCGAUCAUCUCACUGGAGAGCCCAUGGAUGAGGGCUUUGGAGCCAUCGUGAACAACUGCAAAAAGCUCACCAGGCUUGCUGUUUCAGGCCUGCUCACAGACAAAGCUUUUGCUUACAUUGGCAACUAUGGAAAGUCAGUGAGAACCCUUUCAGUAGCUUUUGCAGGGAAUAGUGAUUUGGGUUUGAGCUAUGUUCUUGAAGGAUGCCCCAAUUUGCAGAAGCUUGAGAUCAGGGAUAGCCCUUUCGGAGAUUCAGGUUUGCUCUCUGGGAGCCACCAUUACUAUAACAUGAGGUUUCUGUGGAUGUCUUCAUGCAAGAUUUCACUUAAAGGUUGCAUGGAGGUGGCUCGAAGAUUGCCUCUCAUGGGCUUGGAAGUUAUCACAGAUAGCCUGGAGGAUGACAACAAUGGCGUCGUGGAAAAAUUAUACAUGUAUCGAUCUCUUGUUGGCCCAAGGAAUGAUGCCCCACCCUUUGUGAAGUUAUUGUAGUGCCAGGCACAAGGACCAAGCCUUCAGGGCCUCUUUUCAGUCAGAAAACAAUUUCAGCCCAUCACUAACAAGUCAUGAAUUCAAUAGUUUAUUGUGCUAUUAUAUCUCGGGAAGAAGAACGUCAUUGUGCUAUUAUAUCUCGAGUCAAUUUUCAUGGAAAUCAUCUUUAUUAUUCGAGCUAGAUUAAGAUUUUGUUUGAGACGGCUUUCUUACUGCUUCUUAAAUUAACUUUUUAGUAUUUUUUUACUAAAAAGCUGUUUUAAGAAGCAGUAAGAAAACCGUUUCAAACAAAGCCUCAGCUUAACAGGGGCAUCACUGAACCAGAUUUCUUUCAUCUGAAGGUUUUACAGCCUGAGGUCAAGCUCAUAACUCUAGAAACUCUGCAGAUUAAUUGUUUUUCAUGUAUUUGUAUGACUUGGUUGAAUUCUUCUACAAAAUGCUUCUUUGUUCAAUUCAUUUUGUGCUGUCAUUGCUUAUCAAUUAUGCUUCUUUCCAUCUUCAA